GCCAAUUACAGCAUUCGAGAGCACAGUGAGAGAGAGAGAGAGAGAGAGGAAGGACUGCGAGUUGCGGCCGCCAUGGCGUUGGUUUCUCGUAUCCUCUCACGAUCCAGACAGGAGUGGCCUUACAGAUGAUCUCGGUGCUGAGGCUAUGAUGAUGAAAGCUUUGGAGAAGUUGAGAAUGUUAUCCAAAAGCUGCUAUUGAGGUCUGACGAGAAGAACAUUGCUCUUCUCUGUUGAAUUCGACAUGAUCAACACAAAAGAUGCCACAAUCAUAGUUCCAAUGGGAUCAUUUAACUUGAUUCAGAGGAUUAUGGUUCAUGCAUCAAUGAAGUUAAAAAGGUUGGGCAUUAAAAUGGAGGACCUUUCCAAGCAUGAAGAACAGUUGGAUCUGAAGAAGGAUGCUAUGGAAGCAAUGUAAACCCAACUUAAAGGACAGAAGGAAAUGGUCGGCGGCAAUAAGCGACGCUCCGCCGCUGCUACCACCUCCUCCUCUCCGCUGCCGCCGCCGUCCGCUGCUAAGAAGCGUAAGCCGCAGCCGACGCCUUUCACGUCCGAGGAGCUGAUGCCGCUCUUACGCCUCCUCGCCUCCGCCAUCUCCGGCCCCCUACGAUUCCUCUCCUCCGCCGACCACCUCCUCCUCCCCUCCCAAUCCCUUUCCCUCGACUCCUCCAUCGAAUCCGCCGCCUUCUCCCUCUCCGGACUCCUCUCCCUCCUCCCUCCCGAUUCGUUCCCCCUCGAUCCUCCCCCUCCCCACUCCCCUUGGUUUUCCCGCUUCGUCGCUGCCUUUCCCGCGGACGAUCGCCGCUGGGUCGAGUCAUUCCGCAUGUCUAAGCUCUCCUUCGACGGCCUUCUCCAAUCUCUGUCCCAUUCCCUCCAAUCCGACCCCUCCGCAGCCGCCGCCGUGCCCCCCGACGUCAAGCUCGGUGCCGCGUUGUUCCGCCUCGCCCACGCGGCCCCCUACCGCGCCGUCGCCUGGCGCUUCGGCCUUCCGUCGCCGGAUGCUGCGUGCCGUGCCUUCUACGAGGUCUGCAAGGCCAUCACCGACCGGCUUGUUUCCCUCUUCGAGCUAUCCUCUGACCUUCGCCGCGUCGUCCGGGGAUUCGAACAGCUGUCGCUCCCCAAUUGCUGCGGCGUGCUUGGCUUUGCCCGAUUCGCCGUGGAGGGCCCCUCCAGAGGAGGAUCGGUGAUCGCACAGGGUUUGGUCGAUUCCGAAGGGAGGUUUCUCGACGUCUCCGUGGGAUGGCAUGGGUCGAUGUUGCCGGCCCAGAUCAUAACCAGAACCAAGCUCUACAAAGCCCAGGCCUUGGUGCUGGGACUUGGUUCCCCGAUGGAGCUCAAUGGGGGUUCGGUGCCUCAGUAUCUGUUGGGUGGCUCUUGCUGCCCUCUCCUCCCCCGGCUGCUGACACCAUUCAGAGGGGUGGAUUCGAGCUUGAAUUCCUCUAAAGCUGCAUCUUUUAACAAUGUGCAUGCUCGCGGCAUGGAGUUGGUGUACAGAUCUUUCGGAAAGCUUCGUGCGCGGUGGCAGCUGCUUCAGACAAGUUGGAAGAAGGAGUGUGCCGACGCCCUGCCCUAUGUGAUCGUAGCUAGCUGUUUGCUUCACAACUUCCUUGUUAAAUGUGGUGAGCCCAUGGAUGAUGAGAUUGAGACGUCAAUGGGAGAGCUAGAUUUUCCAGAUUUCGAGGGGAAGGGUGAUGAGGAUGGAGAGAGGAUCAGGGAAAUGCUUGCCUCGCACCUGAGCUUGGUAAGCAGUGAAUGACAUGCUAUCUUGUUUAUUAUCAUGUAUUUUGUGGUGUUUGAAUCCGUCUGGAUUCUUAACACCAAUUGCAACGUACUGUUGAAGUAACUUAUGUGGCUUUAUUAGCAACAAUGCUGCAUGACUUCAUAGGUUACCAAUCUGAGACUGAUGAGGUAGAUAUGGGCCUUAACGAUAGUUCUUCUCAUGCUAAGUCUUCAUUUUCUCAUAAACUCAAUUAGCAAAUUUUUCUUCCUAAAGCA